AUGGUAAAAAAGAAACAAGUCAAAUGCAAAGGUUGUAAAAGUAACAUAACAAAGACUCAAAGCUCUCUAAGAUGCAACGGAAAUUGUAAAGAGUGGUUUCAUAAAAAGUGCACUAGAUUAUCAAAUGAAGAUUAUAAAAUUUACAGUGAUAGAAAGUCUAAUAAGAAAUGGUUAUGCUAUGAUUGCGUAUCGUCGUCUUCGGAAAGUGACUCCAGUCAGGACGAAAGUAAUUCGGAACCAGUAUCUGAAGAUAUAGCACCAAAAAAGAGAAAGACCAAAAAGAAGAGUAUUGUAAAGAAACACGAAGAUAAUGUCCUUAAUAGCUCUAAUCCUUCUAAUAAGGAGAUUAUGCAGUAUCUUAAGAAGAGGUUCUCUGAGUUGGAGCAAUCUGUACAACUUAAUUUAGAAGGGAUGGAUGACAUUCAUAAAAAAUUAGAAAACAUGUCUAAAGAUAAGGCAGUGUUAAGAAAGGAACAAAAAGUCCUAAAAAAUAGAGUUGAAGAACUUGAAAGGAAGAUUGAGAAAUUCAAUCAUUUUGCCGAAAAAGAGGAAGUAGAUCAGAAGGGGAAAAAUGUUAUUAUAUUUGGUUUGUGCGGUGGAAAUCCAGUUAAAGAUGAUAUUAAAAAAGUAUUUAAAAAAAUUAGGUUUGAAAUUAAAAAUAGUGAAUAUGGAAUACAAACAUUGCCAAGUAAGGAAUCUAGAAAACCAGUACUAGUUAAAUUGAAAGAAAAGUCAAUCAGAGAUAAAUUAUUGGAAUUGAAGAAAAUGAUAAAAUUAGAUACACUGGAAUGUGAAUUGAUGGUGAAAGCAAAAUAA